CCUUGACCAAUUUCCUUUCUCUAACCCUAAGUGGGCUGACCAAGUUAUAAAACCUGAAAGGGUUCAUCUGGAGCCCAUGCCCGAGCUUGAGGACGCCUGCGAGAAACUUCUCAAGAGUGAUCCUGUGACCGGGAAGCCUUACGCCUACGGAGGCUGGGUGUACUGGUUACCCAACCCGGAUGGGGGUACUUCUGUGACCAAUGACCCAGAGGAUGACCGGGCCAACUCCCUGAAUAGUCAUGCUGAGGCCGGCCAUCCAGUCCUCCACGCUGGCCAGUCUCCUUUCUCUAAGCCUCCUUCCCCUCUCCAAGUGUCUAAAAAGGAAGAGGCCACCGCUACCCGGUGCACCCCUCUCUACGAGCUCAUUCGGGACCAGAAGGUGAAGUCCCCCUCGGCCGCCCAUCUCAUCGAGGGUGACCGAGCUGACUCCCCUCAAGCCCAUGUUAAAGCAAAAUCCAAGGGGUUUGGUGCUUCUUCUUCUCGCGCCAGAGGACAAAAAAGGAAGGGCUCCCAAAAGAGUCCCAGGGGGGAUAAGAAGAAGAAGAAGACCGGGUCACUUGAUCUGGAGGGGGAGUCAAUUGAAGAAGUUUUCCUAGCUUUGGCCAAAAGAAUUCAAAAGGCCGGAGCUAUUUAUGAAGAGGUUGUCCGGUCACUCCUCGUGCCUAAGGACCAGGUCUCCCAGCUGAAUCUCCUGCUUGUUUCGGCCAAGUUAGAAAUAAAUGACCGAGCUAAAAGAGAGAGACGGCUAGAAGAAGAGCUGAGGGCUGAGAAGGCCAUAAAAAUGAAGGUUGGAGGCGCAAAUGUCCAUUUCAAGAAAUUGGAAGCUAAAUGCUCUUCAUCGGCAUUCUGCGAAGCAUAUCUGGAGAUGAUUGAAGCACAAGAACUCUCGGAAUUUCUUCAUCUAGAGAUUCUCUCCAAAUAUGAAGAAAAGGUUCUGGAAUUCUACAGAAAUGGAGAAAUCAAGACUAUCCAAUCAAAGAAGAAUCCACAAAGGUCGAUUCAAAUUAUCGAAUCAACUGUUGGAGGAACAGAGGUAAAGAUUUCACAGAAGAAGUUGCGAACUAAACUCUAUCUUCCCAAUUCUGGAAUUGAUGUUGGGAAGCUCUCUCCCAAGGCUCUGGACUGGAGCGAAAUUGGGAUUUCUGGAAAAGCUCCCACUGGUGCAGCAAAGAAAGCAGACUUGAAGAAUGACUACAAGCUAAUUUUGGAGCUUCUGUCAACCAAAGGAGAAAACAGAGCCGGCUCUGUUGCUGAAGAAGAAGGAUCUUCAGAUGAAGUUCUAAUUGCUGAAAGCAUCACUGCAGAAGCACAAGCAGACCUGGAAGCUGAAGCAGAAGAUUUCUCAAUUUUUCCUGAAACCUCCCCUGCUUUUGAAACUGUUCUUGUUGAAACUGUCCAAGAGAAUGCAACCACUCUCCAGCAUGAAGAACAGAGUGAAGUUGUAGCAGAAGAAGAAAUUCUGCAUUCCCUCUCAUUUCAAGUUCAAGAGAUCCUCACAACCACCUGUGAGAUCUCCAAUCAGGCUAAACUUGAAAUUCCAGAAAAGUCAGUAGAAUAUUUGGAGAAGUCCACUCCUCCAAAUGCAACAGAAGAAGAAGCUCAAGAAGAACCAGAAGUGGAAGCACAAAGGAGCCUUGAAGAAGUUGCUGAAGAUGCUCAGAUAGCUAGACUAGAGGCUUCUGAAACUCCUAUUGCUAUCUUUGAGCAACAAAAUGCUGAAGUAGUGAGAGAUCCAAUUUCUCAGGAGAUCUCAAACUACAGGGAUGAAGAAGCUGAGGAAGAAUCUGUGAAGACCUUGAAAAUCAGUGAAGAAGAAGCUGAAGAAGGAGAAGAAUCUGAAUCUCUCCCUCUACAAGUCUAUCACAGUGUACCCCCAUCCCAUCAGAACUGGCUGAUAAUCGAUUAUCUGCUGUUGAUAAUCGAUUAUCAUGCUGUGCAGCUUCUGUCCCCAAAGUCCUGCAGACUGUGAUAAUCGAUUGUCACCCUAUGACAAUCGAUUGUCAAGUUGGUUUAUCAGAAAAGUCCUAAGUUCAGAGAGAUUGGAUAAUCGACUAUUGCUCUGUGAUAAUCGAUUGUCAAGUGAACCAGCUCUAACUCAAGAAUCCGCAGGGUCUGAUAAUCGA